UAGGGAAAAUUGGAAAUAUGGAAUAAAAAGACAAGUAGAUUGUCCCUUUGCCAUAAUAUGAAUUAUAAGUUGUCCUAAUGUCAUAAUGUUUUCUGUAAACCCAAUUAAACCCCUAAUCUAAUCUUUUAAACGUUUUUGUUAAUUUAAUUAUGUUAAAAAAAUAUUAUUAUUAUUUUUAAUUAAUUUAAUUAUUAAAAAAAAAAUACAAAAGGGGAAAAUCGACCAAAAUUUCCCCCAAGCUCGACGAACCCUAAUUGCUCUCUCCUCCUUUGGCGACAGAGAGAAAGGACGAUUUGAAGGGGAUCUCGCCGUCGCCGGUGUCGUUUUGGCCGGUAAUACUCCGCCGGUGUUCUUCUUCUUCUUAAUCGAAGUCUCAGAGACCUCGUCUCACUUCGCGACUCGUUCUCAAUUAAGUCGCCGAAGACCGCUGAAGCUCGUACCUCGCCGAUAACUGAACUCGUGCCUCACCGCUCCGCUCUCACUCUCUCAGCCAUAGUUUCAAGCAAACCAAUCGAUUCUCCUCAGGUAUGACAAUUGAUCAGUUGCCUAAAUGCUUAUUCAAAGAGGGAACUGAAACACAAGUUGAGAAGGUCAACAACAGUUGUCGAACUUCCAUACUUGCGAAGGUGGCGAAGUACUGUCCAGACGAGUACAAAGAAGUGUCGGAGGAUCCGCUAUUUGCUCAGAUUGUGGCCAUUCAUGUACACAAGCUUCAGUUUUCGGCAAGAGCGAUCCACACCUUCGUUUGCAAGCAGCUUCUGUCCGCAAAGCGUUAUGAGUUGUGGUUCCAUUAUGCUAGGAGGCCUCUCAGAUUUUCAAUGCAAGAAUUCUAUGCCAUCACAGGUUUGAAAUACAAAGACGAGCCCGACUUGGAGAUUGAUGACUGGGCAUAUGAUGGAGGGUUUUGGAGUAAGUUGCUAAGGAGACAGAAAAAUAUUUCGGUUCAGCAAAUCAGGAAGGUUCAUGUGAAGUUGUGUAAUACAUGGUCUCGUGUUGAUAGGCUGCGGUUGGUCUAUUUGUGUGUGAUUGCUGGUAUUCUUAUGGCGAAGGAUGAGAAGGUGUGGAUCCCAUACAAGUACAUCAAGCUCGUGAUGAACUUCGAGAAGAUGAGGAAAUAUCCGUGGGGUCUUCACUCUUUUGAUAUGCUGGUGAGUUCCAUUAUCAACGCUAGGGAUAAAGUGAAGACGCAAAACAGUUAUGUCGUAGAUGGAUUCUCGUAUGCACUUCAGAUUUGGUUGAUGGAAGCUGUUCCGGACAUUGGGUCUCUUUUGGGUCAGAAACUGAGAGAAGGCGUGACUACCAUGAGGUGCAGGAAUUGGAAAGGAUCUGCUAAGAUUUCCUAUGAGGAUAUUAUUACCAUAGAGUCUAAUUUUGCUUCCACCGGAGAUGUGUUUCCAUCCAUUUCUACAUCUGGAAAUUUCAAAGACGUGAUUACUGAUGCCGAGUUUGUUCGAGCCUGUGAGAUGAAGGAUGAAAGAGUUGAUCUAAUCAUUGACAUGCAGCGAAACAAGUAUGACUGGAGUAAGCAUGUUUGGGCUUAUAAGGAAACAGUGAAACCAUUUCAGUACAGUUCUGAGGAAGAUGGUUCAGAUGAGGAAGCGGCUGUAGAGACAAGUGAAACUGAAAUUGAAGAAGAAAUAGAAAGCACCCGUGUGUCUCCUACUAAGAAGAGGAAGAACAGGUUUCGGGAUACUGGUGCGGAGUCGAGGAAGAAGAGGUUACUUUGCCAAAGAUCAACCGAGAAAUAUAGAGAUCUUGAAGAGGAAAUGAAGUCCUAUAUCCAGAGUAUGUUUAACUCUUCUUUUACUGCCUUAGGCCUCGAGGUACGCGAGAUUAUUGAAGACCGCUUUACCAAAUUAGAGGAGAAGAUCCUUUCAUCUCAGACUCAGGGUGGUGCGCCUGCUAAUACUCAGACUCGUGGUACUGAUCCGUUUUGGACUCCUUCUGCUGCUGCUGCUGCUGCCACUGCUCCGGCUUCGGUUUCUGGUCGUCCUCCUGCUCCUACUCGGGCUUCUACCGAAGCUCCUGCAUCAGUUUCUACUCGUGGUCUUGCUCCUUCUCGCAGUGCGGCUUCUGCUCCUUAUCGCAGUCGAGCUUCUGCGACUGCUCACAAUGGUGGGCCUGCGAAUGCUGCGAAGACAAGGUCUCAGACAAAGGUAAACAAGAAGUAGAUCAUUUCUCAUGUCUUCGGUUGCUGUUAUAUUUUCAUGUCUUUGGUUGCUUUUCUUUUUCAUGUACUCGGUUUGCGGUUUGUAAUAUUAUUUUAAGGAUGAUGUUGUCUUUGCUGUGUGUAAUAAUUAUGUAAGGAUGAUGUUUUGGAUGGAA